AUGAAGAUCGAAACUGCAAUUCCCGUGGCUUUUGCCGCAGCCGUUGGUUCGGCCUUGGUGCUGCCAGACUUGGAAAAAUCCUCGCAUGACGUUGCGGAACGUGUUACCGGUGCGUUGCGUAAGGGUGAAUCCGUUGUUUCAUCGUUUGCGAAGGAAAUGACGAAAACUGCGGCCGAAAAGGGCGAAUCCAUCAAACUCGCCCCGUUCAUCUCCCACACUGAAACUCCCUACGGAGUGAUUCCUCACCGCUACAUUGUGGUGUUCAAGAGCCACGUCUCGCCUCAGGAGGCCGACUAUCACCACCAAGUUGUCGCGCUGGCGCAACAGGAAUCGUUGGCUAAGGUUCCCCUCACAGAUUCGUUCUAUGAGGCUACUGCCGGUUAUCCUAGCGAGGAAGGAAACGAUAACUAUGCCAGAAUAUUCGGUAAGGCCAAAACUGUCGACGGUGGCAUUCAGGACACGUUUGACCUAGCCGGUCUGCUACACGGGUACAUUGGGUACUUCACGCAAGAAGUGGUGGACUUUCUCCGUAUGAACCCUCUUGUUGAGUUGGUCGAGCAGGAUUCUAUAGUGUACUCUCAAGAGUUUGACACUCAAAAUGGUGCGCCAUGGGGUCUAUCGCGUAUUUCGCACCGUGAGAAACUCAACUUGGGUUCUUUCAACAAGUACUUGUACGACGAUGCCGCCGGUAAGGGCGUCACCUCCUAUGUCAUCGACACCGGUAUCAACGUUGACCACAACGAUUUUGACGGCAGAGCCGUUUGGGGUAAGACCAUUCCUACGAACGACCUGGACCAAGAUGGUAACGGCCAUGGUACCCACUGUGCUGGUACCAUUGCUUCCAAGCACUAUGGUGUUGCCAAGAACGCAGAGGUUGUUGCUGUCAAGGUUUUGAGAUCUAACGGUUCUGGUUCGAUGUCCGACGUUGUGAAGGGUGUCGAAUUUGCCGCAAAGUCCCACCAGGAUGCUGUCAAGAGCAACAAGAAGGGAUUCAAGGGCUCUACCGCUAACAUGUCAUUGGGUGGAGGAAAAUCUCCCGCGCUUGACUUGGCUGUCAACGCUGCUGUCAAAGCCGGUUUGCAUUUCGCCGUCGCUGCUGGUAACGAAAACCAGGACGCCUGUAACACUUCUCCUGCAGCUGCCGAGAACGCCAUAACUGUUGGUGCAUCCACUUUGGCAGACGACAGAGCUUAUUUCUCUAACUGGGGUAAGUGUGUCGAUAUUUUUGCCCCAGGGCUAAAUGUUUUGUCCACCUACAUCGGCUCUGAGACUGCCACUGCGACCUUGUCUGGUACUUCCAUGGCAUCCCCUCACGUCGCUGGUCUUUUGACUUACUUCCUGUCUUUGCAACCUGACUCUGACAGUGAGUUUUACGUUGCCGGUGGCGUCACCCCAGCACAAUUGAAGAAAAAGUUGAUUGCUUACAGUACCAAGAAUGUCUUGGGCGAUUUGCCUGAGGACACUGUAAACUACCUAAUUUACAACGGUGGUGGCCAAGACCUGAAGAAGUUCUGGGCUGAAGAGACUGACUCGGAAAAUGAAGCUGAUUCUUCGAAGGGCGCUGUCGCUGCCGAAUUUGAGAGUUUCAUCGAGGGCUUGACCGAAAAAACCGAUCACAUCAAUGAAGAAAUCAGAGAUGUUUUUGACAAGCUGACCGGUCUAUUGUAG